AGUGGAGCGUGCGGUGGUGGCAGCGCGAGCGGAGGGUCCGAGGUAACGGUCAGUCGGAGGAGAGUCAUGGACAGGCGCAGGGGGAGCUGCGGCUCUCUGAGUGAGAUGGAAGACUGUAACCUUGCCAUGCAAUAGGAUGUGCUGCAACCUUUAACAAUGUGCGUGGACUAAAUAUGUAGACUUGGCAGUUAUGACGUGAAGUGGAUUUGGCACCGACUCACUUCUCGAGCAGCCACACUUGAGCAAUCUUCCUUUGGUUGCACAGAAGUUUUACUGUAGCUAGUAGUCUGGCAGCUAGUUAUUAGACCUGAACAAUCAUGUCUGCUCAUGGCCUGGAGUCUCAUAAUUUUUUUCUUGGUUCGGAGGAUACGGAAUUGUUGCAUCAAAUGAAACCUCACGAAUUUGAAGAUUUUGAUCAAGAUGAAGAAUAUGAUUCACCACCAGAAAGGCAGAUUGUGGUUGGAAUUUGUGCCAUGGCCAAGAAAUCAACGUCAAAGCCAAUGAGUGAGAUUCUAGGGCGACUUUGUAGGUUCAAGUACAUCACUACUGUGAUAUUUGAAGAGGACACUAUUCUAAAUGAACCAGUGGAGCAAUGGCCGCUUUGUGACUGCCUCAUUUCUUUCCAUUCAAAAGGAUUUCUGUUGGACAAAGCAGUAGCUUAUGCGAAGCUCAGGAAUCCAUUUGUUAUUAAUGAUUUGAACAUGCAAUAUAAUAUUCAAGACAGGAGGAAAGUUUACCAGAUUUUGAAAGAAGAGGGGAUUGAGUUGCCACGCUAUGCCAUACUGAAUCGUGAUCCAAACAAGCCAGAAGAAUGUAAUUUGGUAGAGGGUGAAGAUCAUGUUGAGGUAAAUGGAGAUGUCUUUCAAAAACCAUUUGUGGAGAAGCCAGUGAGUGCUGAGGACCACAAUGUUUACAUUUACUAUCCAACAUCUGCUGGUGGAGGAAGCCAAAGACUGUUUCGUAAGAUUGGCAGCAGAAGCAGUGUUUAUUCCCCUGAAAGCAGUGUCCGGAAAACAGGCUCUUAUAUAUACGAACAGUUUAUGCCAACAGAUGGAACAGAUGUGAAGGUUUACACGGUUGGUCCAGAUUAUGCACAUGCGGAGGCUCGCAAAUCUCCUGCUCUUGAUGGUAAGGUUGAACGAGACAGUGAAGGAAAAGAAGUUCGCUAUCCUGUCAUUCUAAAUGCGAGAGAGAAGUUAAUUGCUUGGAAAGUCUGCCUUGCUUUUAAACAAACUGUUUGUGGCUUUGACCUGUUACGAGCUAAUGGCCAAUCCUAUGUCUGUGAUGUUAAUGGCUUUAGCUUUGUUAAGAAUUCCAUGAAGUAUUAUGAUGAUUGUGCAAAGAUUUUGGGAAAUAUUAUUAUGCGGGAGUUAGCUCCACAGUUUCAAAUUCCGUGGUCUGUCCCAACUGAGGUGGAGAACAUUCCUAUCGUACCCACUACAUCUGGCACUAUGAUGGAGCUUCGUUGUGUAAUAGCAGUCAUUCGGCAUGGGGAUCGAACUCCCAAGCAAAAAAUGAAAAUGGAAGUCAGGCAUCAGAGAUUUUUUGAACUGUUUGAAAAAUACAGUGGAUACAAAGCAGGAAAAAUAAAGUUAAAGAAGCCGAAGCAACUGCAGGAAGUCUUGGAUAUUGCAAGGCAUCUUUUGGCAGAACUGGGCCAGAAUAAUGAUUCGGAAAUAGAAGAAAGUAAAUCAAAACUUGAACAACUGAAAACGGUGCUUGAGAUGUAUGGGCAUUUUUCUGGAAUAAAUCGUAAAGUUCAGUUGACAUAUCUACCUCUUGGAUGUACAAAGACUUCAAGUGAAGAAGAUGACAAUAAGAGGGAAGAGCCUUCACUACUGCUGGUAUUAAAGUGGGGUGGAGAACUGACUCCAGCAGGCAGGGUCCAAGCUGAAGAACUGGGCCGUGCUUUCAGGUGCAUGUAUCCCGGAGGACAAGGAGAUUAUGCAGGGUUUCCUGGUUGUGGUUUGCUCCGGUUACAUAGUACAUAUCGGCAUGAUCUAAAGAUCUAUGCAUCGGAUGAAGGGAGAGUUCAGAUGACGGCAGCAGCCUUUGCUAAGGGAUUGCUAGCUCUGGAAGGGGAGUUAACCCCAAUUCUUGUACAAAUGGUUAAAAGUGCUAACAUGAAUGGCUUGCUAGACAAUGACAGUGAUUCCCUGAGUAGUUGCCAACAGCGGGUUAAAGCUCGGCUUCACGAGAUCCUACAGAAAGACCGAGAUUUCACCACUGAAGAUUAUGAGAAGCUUGCUCCUACAAAAAACAGUUCUAUAAUUAGGUCAAUGCAACUUAUCAAAAACCCUGUAAAGACCUGUGAUAAGGUUUAUGCCCUAAUUCAGAGUCUGACAUCCCAAAUUAGACAGAGGAUGGAAGAUCCCAAAUCAGCUGAUAUUCAACUUUACCAUAGUGAAUCACUUGAGUUGAUGUUGCGAAGAUGGGCUAAAUUAGAAAAGGAUGUCAAAUUGAAGAAUGGGCGUUAUGAUAUCAGCAAAAUUCCUGAUAUCUAUGACUGCAUAAAAUAUGAUGUUCAACACAACAGUUCCCUACAACUGGAGAACACAAUGGAAUUGUACCAGUUAUCAAAGUCUUUGGCUGACAUUGUGAUACCUCAGGAAUAUGGCAUAACCAAGGCUGAGAAGAUGGAUAUUGCCAAAGCAUACUGUACUCCUUUGAUAAGGAAAAUUCGUUCUGACUUGCAAAGAACUCAGGAUGAUGAUACUGUUAACAAGCUCCAUCCACUAUACUCGAGAGGAGUCUUAUCACCAGAGCGGCAUGUCCGUACCAGGUUGUACUUUACAAGUGAGAGCCAUGUACACUCUCUUCUCUCUAUAUUGCGCUAUGGGGCCUUAUGCAAUGAAGUCAAAGAUGAGCAGUGGAAAAGGGCAAUGGGUUAUCUGAACUAUACCAGUGAGCUCAAUUACAUGACACAGAUUGUUAUCAUGUUAUAUGAAGACCCAAAUAAGGAUCCUUCUUCAGAGGAACGCUUUCAUGUUGAAUUACACUUCAGUCCUGGUGCUAAAGGAUGUGAAGAAGAUAAAAAUCUUCCAUCAGGUUUUGGAUACAGACCAGCCUCUCGUGAGAGUGACAAUGGAGGCAAAACCUUCCUGGCAAAUGAAAAUGAAGAGGAUUCAAUUUCAAGAAGGGAAGAUGCUGAAAAAAACACUUUGUUGUUCAGGCCAAUGGUUUCUGAUCCCAUUCACAUACAUCGAAAAUCCCCACAGUCACGAUCCAAGAAAAUAGGUUCAGUGGAAGAAGAGAGCCCCCUGAGUCUGUCUAGCCCCGAGUGUAGUGGUACCUGGAUGCAUUACACUAGUGGUGUGGGUGCUGGGCGUCGAAGACGCAGAUCAGGGGAACAAAUCACUUCUUCCCCUGUAUCCCCCAAAUCAUUGGCUUUCACAUCAAGUAUUUUUGGCUCAUGGCAACAGAUUCUCACUGAAAGCAAUCCUGCUUUACGAGCUGGAAGACUUCAUGCAGAGCAGAAAUACACUGGACUUGGGUCUCAUUGUGCAGGCCUGUUUAGCACUACUGUGCUUGGGGGUUCCUCGAGUGCACCUAACCUACAGGAUUAUGCUCGUGCGCAUCGUAAAAAGCUGACAUCAUCUGGCUACUUUGAUGACGCCACACGCAGUUCUGCUGUAAAAAGAUUUUCUAUCUCAUUUGCUCGACACCCAACCAAUGGAUUUGAACUUUAUUCAAUGGUGCCUUCCAUUUGUCCCCUUGAAACUCUUCAUAAUUCCCUUUCUCUGAAACAAGUGGAUGAAUUUCUUGCAUCGAUUCCUGAAAGCAAUGUCCCUUCUGAUACAUUUUGUAUAUCCUCAGCUCCUGGAAGUCUAUUUGCUCUGGGUAGAAGGCUUUUAAAUACAUAUACACCCAGAAGGAUACUUCCAACACCUCAACCAUCAGAUCAAGAUAGUAACAGAUCUAUAUUCUGUGAAUUUCCUUGCCUUUUUUGCCAUGCAGCCAGUAGUGGAUCUUCCAGUAAUCUGUCUAUCGCAGGGCCAUCGUUACCAGCAGAAAACACACACUUCAGUGGCCUAAGUGACAACUCCAUAAAAGCUAAAGAUGAUCAAAGCUGUUAAAUAGAAAAUUGCCUCAAUGUAAGCUGGUACUACAACUUGUACUACAUGGAAGUAAAUGAGCAUAAAGUGAGCCUUUUAAAAAAAUGUAUUCUUGAUGUCCAAAUAUUUAAGUAAAUCAGAAAACAAAUACUGCCCCUUAAUCAUUUGUGCCAAGACAGUCAUAUGAAAAGUUAAUGCUAAAUUUGAUGGAAGAUAGAUCACACAUUUGUCAUUUUUUGAACUUUGGUAUACAUGACUGAGGUUAAUGCGGUGCUAUAUAUGAUUUUAUUUUAUUCAUCAAUGUAGCAUUUUGAAAAGAGCUAAAACUGCAUUGGAAAGUUUCCUGUCUAGUGAAAUUCCACUUAUAAAAGCUAAAACUCAAAUAUGUAGUCUCCAUUUGAAUUUCCUUUAUGUGCUCAGCUUUAUUCAGUUAUAAUGUGACUGUUUAACCAAAAUGUGACACUUUGUAUUUCAUAAAAUUGCAUAUUUUUA